AUGACUGCCCGAAACCGAUGCAUCCAGGGGCUAUUCGGCCUGACGGCUGGCGAGACGGAGCAAUAUCCCGGCAUUAAUACGUUCUGCGAUUUCCUGGAGAGUCAGUUCGAGGGGCAGUUUAGGACUUUUGAUGACAGGAUAUGGGUGGCCCUGAACAGACCAAAGCCAUCGAACACGGACGACUUCUGGAGCUGGUGUGCCGACGUCUGUCGUGCGUUUAACCAGCUGCGUCGUGUCAGUAGGGACCGACCACAAGCCGGUGGUGAGGCCCAGCCGGCUACUGACAAUCUGGAACCGACAAUGCACGAUGUGUUGAGGGAGAUUCUUCCAACCAGAUCGAGUGGCGGGACGGAUGCUACAGACCAACAGAAAGUCCUUGUCGCCAACGCCGUGCUGAAGACAUUGUGCUCUCUCUCGACAGCAAUCACCCUCGAUGGUCGAACGCAACCACGGGAAAAUCGCCCAGGAACCCCCGAAAGCCGCCAGGUCGAGGAAGGGACUGCAAACCAGGUAUCUUUGACCAUACCUAACCACCCCCGCGAUAUCAUUUGGCAUGGACCCCUCAGUUCAUAUGUGCGAACGCCAUUUCAAGACUACACACGGGAAUUGAGGAGGCCCGAAGAGACGGAUGUUGGCAAUGAUGCCUUGUACGAGUCAAGUCUGACCUACGCCUCUCUCAGACGGUUUGGUGCCAUUAAGAUUGUGUGGGUAGAGACACUGAAGGAUCACCUGGUGUUUGACGAAGUCGCUCGCACCCUGUCAAUUUUCAGGUUCCCGUCUGUCUGUGUGGUGAGGAUCAAGAAGCCGAACGCCUUUCUUAUCGACAAAAACAUCACCAAUUGGACUAUGAACCCCAACCCAUUUCGACCAGAGAAUGAUAUCGAGGAUCAUGGCAGCCUGUACAGAGAGGCGCUGCUCUCGUAUCGCCUUCUCUUUGGGCAGUCCGGGGAGUCACGGAAACUCCUGAGCAGGGAAUUGAAGACCCAUAGAGCACGAGGAGCUUUGGCUGAUCCUUUCUUGGACCAACUAUCGUCGUGCCGCUGGUCUUUGGGUAAUACAGUGUCGCCCUUUGAAAGCUCAUUGCUUCCGGAGUCUCUCCUGGACGACAACGGGGGGAUAAUGGACUGGCCUACGUACUCGAGAGUUGAUUUCCCUUUCUUUGGAAACCAACUCCGUCGCCUGCAGGAAUAUGGAAACAAACACCCACCCACCGGUUUCUGGGAGUAUUUCAGCGACCGCAGGUAUCCACGAGAGAGAUUCGCUGCCCAGGCGGCGGUCGUCAUUGGCACAAUGAGCAUUCUCCUCAGCGCGGGUCAAUUGGUAGUUGCGAUUGUUGGAGCGACCCGAAAUUUGCAAUAG